AUGUUCUUGAUCUCCUAUCGUUUGUCAAUUCAUCUGUCAAUUUUGUUUUAUAUUGUGUGAUGUCUUCAAGAUACCGGCAGACGUUUUGGGAAGUUAUCAUUAGUUUGUUCUCAUUGAACCAUUUCCCGGUACAAUUAUGGGCUACCCGUCGUGGUUCUCCAACGGAACUUUUACAGCUGCAGUUGAACAACAGCCUACGACUAGGAAGGCCCUUUUAAUUUGCUUUUGAAGUCCGGAAAACAUUUUUUCUAAUUUGCAGAAAACAAAGUUAUACACCACUGGCAGCUGAACCGGAACCAGCACGCAAUGAGUAUUGGCGGUAUGAAGCUUCCAUGUCGGGUAAUCAAAACAGCAGUAGAGAACAUCAACUUCAAAUUCCAAUUUUUUUUAUCUCAGAUUUUUUGUGA